AUGAGCGCCGGUGACUUGCAGCCCAGCUCCCCCGCCAGCCCGCAGCCCCGCCGGGCCCGGGAGGCGCCCGAGAUGGCCGUGUACUGCGGCGAGCCCUUCAGCGUGUACCCGCAGCCCGGCUUGCCCCCGCCCGGCGCCGCGGCCGCCUCCUCCACGCAGCGGCCGGCCGCCUACGCCCUGGGCGACUACGGUGCGCCGGCCAACGCCGGCUACCUGUGGGGCGUGAGCGGCCCGGCCCCGUACCUGCAGGGCGGCCCCGGACCGGCCGCCCCUUUCCUGCCGCCCGCCUCCUACGGCUGCUCGCGGGGCGGCCAGCUGGGGGGCGCCCCCUCCGCGCCCGGCUCGCCCUCGCCCGCGGCGGCCGAGCUGAGCUGGCUGAGCCUGGCCGGGCAGGAGGAGCUGCUGCGUCUGGUGCGGCCGCCCUACUCCUACUCGGCGCUGAUCGCCAUGGCCAUCCAGAGCGCGCCCGGCCGCAAGCUCACGCUGAGCCACAUCUACCAGUACGUGGCCGAGAACUUCCCCUUCUACAAGCGCAGCAAGGCCGGCUGGCAGAACAGCAUCCGCCACAACCUCAGCCUCAACGACUGCUUCCGCAAGGUGCCCCGCGACGAGGACGACCCGGGGAAGGGGAACUACUGGACCUUAGACCCAAACUGUGAGAAGAUGUUUGACAAUGGGAAUUUCCGGCGCAAGCGCAAACGGCGCUCUGAGCCUAACACCCCCACUGUGGUGUCCUCUGGCGGGGGCCUGAAGGCUGAGGAAGGGCGUCCCAUCCCGGCUGCUGCAGGCAAGCCCUGUGGAAACAGCCCCUCCCCAGAGCUGGACCUAUCACCUGCCAGGGACCAUCCCAAAAGCUCCUCUUCUCCAGGCAUCAUCUCAGCCACCCCGGGCUGCCUAAGCACCUUCUUCAGUGGGAUGAGCUCACUGAGCAGUGGAGGGAGCCGCCUGGCGGGAGGCUUCAGCAGGGAGCUGCACCACCGGAACUUCCCCGCUGGGCAGAUGAGUGGUGGCACCUUCACUGCCUCCUCCAGCAGCUCCUCCCAAGAGGUGCUCCCACCAGACCAGCUGCAGCGAGUUCCAGGGCCCACUGCUGCCUAUUACAGCUCCUUCCAUCCCAGCAGCAGCCAGGGCGCCCAGUACAACCAUUACUACAACUUCACAGUCAACAGCCUCAUCUACGCCCGGGAUGGCACUGAGGUGUAG